ACCAUUAGACCUUGAUUAGACCGUGGGUGCAUCACCGCGCCGACAAUUUCUCAAGUCCUCAAUCAUGAAAUUCGUGCAUGUCGCACGCACGUAUGCACCUUGAUGGAACGUUCCCUUUCAUGUCCCGGGAGCGUUGGCCGUGGGGGUCUCUCAUAGCACGGCGACCAUGUCCUCAGGGGGACCUUACGGUUUGUAUGGGCUUCGGCUCAUGCAUCGUCUCAAUAUUUCCCUGUCCUGCUUCGGCCCUCGGGCUGGGCAGGCCUUA